AUGCUACUCAAUAUAUGGUCGCACAAAACAGUCCUUCCGAGGUUACGCAAAUUUGCGUACACAUGUAGUUGGUUACGCGCCUCGGCAGCACGUACCAUACGCAGUUUGGCGAUGACAACCGCAAACCCACAACAAAGACAAUUCGCGCUGUUCCGCAAGUUUAGCACUGAAGUUCGACCACCGCCAUUGGUACGACGAGAUGAGCGUAUCCGAUCGAUGAAUUGUUCUUUUGAAGAAAUUGCAGAGUCAGAAGAAGAGGACAAUCAGCUCCCAGAGCGAACUUCACCGGAAGGACGAUCGCCAUUUGCUGUCGCUGAUUCACCGUUUGCUGAACGACGCGGAAGCUCUCCGCGGAACUUGAGCCCAACUUAUGCAAGAAGACGCAAUGCACCUCGACUGUGUCGUGGAUUUUCGGAUCCGGGACCUCGCCGUCGGCAAGCACCAACUAUGCUUGGAUCAGUGAGUCCGGAUCGACAUGAAGUUGGAUCGGAUCUGUUGACCCUUCCACCCAUUCCUGAAGCGGCCGCCUCAUCAGGUGAUUGCAAAGACGAAUGCAAUGAGGUCUAGCAAUAACCACCCGAGUCACUCGUCACAUGCUCAACUGUCAGUUGAGAUGUCAGCUGACUUCUACGAUCAGUUUUCUCCACGAGAACGCUACCCUACUACUUCUGUACAUAAUGAAAGGUCGAACGCCUUCUAUUCAUUGCACUUCACAUAGAAUUCUAUCUCUCUUGAUUACUAGUCUCUUUUGUCGUUUGAAUCAUACCGAUGAUACAAACUUCUUCACCUUUGUGAUCUCUUUCUAGUCUCUCGUUGAAGAACAAUAUUUUGUUCCUUCUUUUUUUUGAGCUCUGAUUUUUUGCGAUCGAAUUUUGUUCUGUAUUUGAUAGGUGUAUGAUUUUUGGCGAUUUUGCUAUGGAUGCAUUGUCGGGUUGCUAGAGCCUUGAAUAAUCUAUGAGCGGGUUUAUGAUUCAAAGAACUUGAAGGUUGAUGUACUUUGAAUAAAUUUUUAGGCUCCA